AUGGAGUCUUGGAUCCUAAUUGAGUAUUAUUUACAAGUGGGCAUCAUCCUCUGUGAUGCCUGUCUUUGCCUGGUUGCGUGUUAUCAUUGUAGGAUUUUCUCUUGCGAGCGCACAAUGGGCACGGGCCGCAACAUUCGUAUUAAGCCUUUAGCUGGAGAAAUCAUUUUGUCGAUGGACGGGCUCGCGGAGCUUCCUUUGCCCCCGCUUGUAGAAAUUGCAUUGUCUGUAGACCCAAGUGACGCCUUGUGGACUGCAGAGUAG